AUGUCUCCCUCCACCACCCGCAAACGCGCCAUACGCAUCGCAGGCUGCUCCGGCGGCUUCACCGACCGCUCAACCGCCAUAACACGUAUGGCCAGUGACCCUGACGUCGACGUAGUAAUGGGCGACUGGCUCUCCGAGAUGACAAUGACCCUGCACGGCAGCGGCAAAGUAAAAAACCAAAAAUCAUCCAAAACCAGCACGACAAAUGGAACCCAGAGUCUUGAAGACCGCAUGAAAACAGCAAUGUAUGCAGAUACCUUUCUCCAAUGCUUCGAGCCCGCCAUCCCCCAUCUCGUCUGCAACAAAACCAAACUCGCCGUCAACGCGGGCGCGUCCGAUACCCAGCUGCUCGCCGAAGUCGUCGUCGACAUGCUUGCGAAACACGAUGCGAGCCAUUUGAAAGUCGCGUGGGUAGAAGGCGAUGAUGUGACGGAGCAGGUGCAGAAUCUGAUUAAAGACGGCGAGCAGUUUGAGAGUUUGAUGCAUGGGAAGAAGUUGGAGGAGUGGGGUAUGGAACCUGUUUGUGCACAGGCGUAUCUUGGGGGAUUGUGUAUUGCGGAGGCGUUGAGGGGGGGCGCGGAUAUUGUUAUUGCGGGACGGGUGGCGGAUGCUGCGCCGGUUGUUGGGGCUGCUGCGUGGUGGCACGACUGGCGAAACGAUCAAUUCGAUGAACUCGCCGGAGCACUAGUUGCAGGGCAUUUAAUCGAGUGCUCGAGCUACGUUUGCGGAGGAUACUACUCCAUGUUCAAAGAUCUCAUCAAAACCGGGAAACAUGUCAAUAUGGGUUUCCCAAUCGCGGAGGUCGACUACGACGGCACCUUCAACAUUGCAAAGGAAAAAGACAGCGGCGGCUGCGUAACAAUCGGAACAUGCACCUCGCAACUCCUCUACGAAAUCCAAGGCCCCCUCUAUUACAACUGCGACGUCACCGCCGACCUAACCCACAUCCGCAUGCACCAAGUCUCCGAAGACGUCGUCCGCGUCACAGGCGUGAAAGGCCUCCCUCCGCCUCCCACUACGAAAAUCGGCAUUACGGCCCCCGCAGGCUGGCAGUGCGAAUGGCACAUGUACAUGGCCGGGUUGGAUAUAGCCGAGAAAUGUAAAGUGACUGAGGAUCAAAUCCGAUAUGCAAUGGGAAAAAACACAUCCCGCUUCACAACCCUCCGUUUCCACGCCAUCGGGUCCUCGCUGCCGAACCCGCGCUCCCUCGACGCCAGCACAAUCGACUUGCGCAUCUUCGCCCAAACCCGGGACGCGGAUCUCGUGCGCCCAGACGUGCCCCAAGCAUUUAACCGAUGGUGUCUCGAAGUCUUCCUGCAAUGCGCGCCCGGCCUCUCUCUCACAAACGACCUGCGGCAGGUGGUCCCGAAGCCGUAUUAUGAAUAUUGGGUCGCGUUGCUGCCGCAGACGCAUUUGGCGUUGCGCGUUCAUAGUUUGUAUGACGAAAAAGAAGUCAAGGUGCUCGAGGCACCAAAGGUCACCAGGCAGUAUCCUAAACACCAGGAUUCGUACGAAACUUCCUCUCCAGUGCAUCUUUCUGCCUUCGGUCCGACGGCCGAAGCGCCGCUAGGCGCUAUAGUUGCCGGUCGUUCGGGAGAUAAGGCUGCAGAUUGCAAUUGUGGGUUCUUUGUAAGGAACGAGGAUGAGUGGGAUUGGUUGCGCUCGUUUAUGACGGUUGAGCGGGUGAAGGCGCUGUUGGGACCCGAAGAGUACAAGGGGGGUAGGAUUGAUCGGUUUGAGAUUGAGGGGAUUUGGGCGGUGCAUUUUUUGUUGCAUGAGCAGUUGGAUCGGGGGUAUAAUGCUAGUUCUGAGAUUGAUACGUUGGGGAAGAAUACUAUGGAGUAUUUGCGGGCCAAGACGGUGGAGAUUCCGGUGAAGUUUUUGGAGAGGGGGUGGAUUUGA